AUGGAGAGCCAAGAGUUUUCCGGUUCUUCUGGGCUAUCCGAUGGGCAUGACACGGCAGAAAUAUCCGCUCGCUCCGAAGCCCUCCAGAAGCCCUUUGUAGUCAGGAUAUUUGACAUGCACAACCAGCCUGAGGAGUCUGAGGAGCCGGGGUUACCCGAGGAGGCCGACGAGCAAGACCAGCCAGGCGAAUCCGAGGAGUGUGCAGAGUCCCACCAGAUCCCCGAGCCCCACGAGCCCUAUGAGCUCUACCAACCCUGUGAGCCCCACAGGCCCCCCAAACCCCAUGCACCCUACAAGCCUCAUCCACCCCGUGAGGCCCGCAAGCCGCAUAAGCCCCAGGGACCGCAUGCUCCCCGCGAGCCCCACAAGCCCCACGAAGUCGAGUUGCUUCCCAGAGCUGGCAUGAUGAUCUCCCCGUCUCUGCUGACCAGAUUCCCGCCACGGCUUCCGCCAUCUUCCCUGAGAGGUAGGUAUCCUGGUCCCUGUGACUUUGUAUGGAAAUGUUCUUUUUCUAGGAAGAGAAUUCAAGAUCUUUCUAGGCCUAAGAAACAAUGGGGAGCCCCAGAUAGAAAACUGUUUUGGGGAAAUCAAGAUCCUAUUCGCCCUGUUUCCCGGAAUGCUUUGAAGGCUCAACUGACCAAAAGACUUGAGAACCUUGCCCAGCCUAAGGAAGUCUCCCACCGAUAUGUACCUAACAGGGUUCAGUAUUAUUACAGCUGCGGUAGAGAGUCUGUAAUCUGGGAGAUCCCUUCUCCUGCACUGUUUUGCCAACCUUCCAAAAGGAUCCAGAAGCUGGCACAACCCAACAGAUUCAAGAAAGGGUAUCUAAUAAAUAGGCCCUUCAGUGAUUACUUUAGAGAUUCUCUUCAAAUCUCUGAUCCUUCUCCCCGGAUAUUACAACUCUCAAUAGCCAAAGCCACAAAUCCAAACUAUGUUCCUCCAAAAAGCACUGAAACCAAAAUUGCGACGUCUGCCCUGACUGCUGUUGCAACUCCAAGAACUGUAGACCUUGCCCAUCCAAGGAUUAAGAUAGAGGGUCUGUGCUUUGAAAGAGAAAGAAGUGAAAUGCCCAUCCGUCCUAUAUCCUGUGCUGCCUUGCUCGCCAAACCUAGCCCUCGAAUACUAGCUCUAGCUAAGGCCAGGCCUCUUCAUCAAGAUUAUUUACCUCCCCGUGAUGCCUACUGGCCAGUAUCUUGUGCUGCUAUCCAUUCCAAGAUAUCCCCCAGAAUUCAAGAACUAGCUAAUCCAAAUACAAGGACUCCUGUGCAUAUUGUAUAUUAUGAUCCGGAAGUCUUUAAAGUCAAGCCAGCUGCUUUGAAAGCACAGUGUUCUCCGAGGGUCCAUGAAUUGGCACAACCUCUUACGCGUUAA